AUGGCGGCAGAGGACAGUUUCAGCUACAUAGUGCAAAAUGAGAAGCAUCGAAGAGCGCGGAACUGGACGGACGCAGAGAUGAAAGGUCUGGUCUAUGUGUGGGAAGAAUAUGUGACGGAUCUGAAAAAGGCUAAGAGGAACGCCAAGAUCUACGAAAGGAUGGCUAAGCGCUUUUCUGAGCUGACCGGAGAACACAGACACAAAGAGGAGAUCAAGAUGAAAAUCACAAACAUGACUUUCCAGUACAGUAAGCUGAAGAACUCAGUCAAUGGAAGCGCGGGAUCGCCUGAUUGGCCGUACUACAAGGCAAUAGAAAGGAUCCUGUCCAAAGUACCGGAACAGAGCCGCGCAAGUCUACUGGACCUACAGGCAUCGGGGCCUUCCACCUCCCUCACAGAGUGUCCUAUGUCUGGACAUGACACCUCUCCAGCAGGUUUCCUGCCUGAGUACACAGGCUCCUCAGAUGAAAGAGACUUGAAGGAGGAGGACCAGGAUGGAACAGAGAGUUCUAUCAGCUUCCAUUCUCUGGAGUCCAGGUCUCAGCCUGUGAAGAGGAAGAGGAUGGCGGGAUCGCUGUCGCUACGAAGGAGGAAGGUGCGCGUGAUGGAGGCCAUGUUGCAGGAGCAGAAGAAAGUGAGCCGGGCCAUAGAGGAGACAUGUCGGGAGGUGCGGCGGGCGAUGCAUCAGCAGAAUUUCCUCCAGGUUCAGUGUCUGCAGCUACAGGAGCGCAUGAUGAACCUGUUAGAGAAGAUGAUUUCACCGCCGGCUCCGAAGCCCAACACCUGGUCACACGCCGGCCUUAAAGAACCCAGCCAGGGCCAAACCUGA